UAGGUUGCUCCAAUAUCAUUUCUGAGUAUGCAUGUGCAUACUGGAGGGAUACUAUAAGAUCAUUUUGUCUUUUCAAAACAACAUAAUUUACAUCAGCAGUCUAUACUGUACUUAGUGUGAAUAUUUGUUACUUGUGUUCAUUGCUCAUGUCAGUAUUCUGCAAAAACAAAGUCAGGGUAAAGCUUGGCAUCAUUUCCAUUUCACAGCACCACCAGAUCAAAAGACUCACAUGUUGUUUUGAUAUAGUUACUCUAAGUUAUUUGUAGUUUUGGGUCUCGGUGAUGCCAAGUCAAACUGCCUUCAUAUGACUGUGUGUGCUUAUAGUGAAUUUGUAAGUGUUAUCCUUCACUAAUUCAUGAUUAUUUCGGAUAAAACUCAUAAUUCUCAUCAUGUCGUGCGAUUCUUUUCCUAAAAAGGAAAUUCAUCAAAAGAUCUUGACGCAAUUUGUUCUAACAACCCAGUUUAUGUGCUUUAAAGUCACAUGAAAACCUGAACAAAUUGUGUAAAACGCACAUUAACACUUCUGAAGGAAAUCUAGCAGCUCCCACAACAAACUGUUGCUGUCAUGUGAAUGGGAUGCCUAUAUAUUUGUGUGGUUUUCAGCACUGAAAGACAGUCAACACAGUCGUUCACAGACGAUUCAUCAGCAUGAACACGGUUUUCUUCAUCAGCCAAAUCAUCGGCAUCAUCCCCAUGUCUGCCAUCCUGCUCUUUGUACUUGCCAAAAUGUUUUCCCGCCACUGCCGCAGCCACAUGGAGGACGGUUACGGCUACGGCGUGCUGAUAACGGGCUGUGACAGCGGCUUUGGACACCAGCUGGCUCAGUGCUUGGACCACAAAGGGUUUGUUGUCUUUGCUGGGUGUUUGUAUCCAGGAGGAGCGGGAGCUCAGAGCCUGGCCCGACAGAGCUCCAGUAAUCUGAAAAUCCUCAAACUGGACGUCACCAGUGAUGAAGAUGUGGAGCGAGCAAAGAAGAUAGUUCAAGACAAUCUGCCGGAGAAAGGCCUGUGGGCCGUCGUGAACAAUGCUGGGAUCUCAGACUGGGCCGAGAUCGAAUGGAGCACUAUUGAAGAUUUCCGCAACAUGGUUAACGUCAAUCUGUUUGGCUGCAUCAGGACCUCAAUCACAUUUCUACCUUUGGUUCGUGCUGCUAAAGGUCGGAUGGUUUAUGUGUCAAGCAUCUUUGCCUUCUUCAACUGCCUGAACAUGGGAGCGUACAGCGUCUCAAAGAGGGGUCUGGAAGCAUUUGCAGAUUGCUUGAGGGUUGAAAUGGCCAGUUUUGGUGUGAAGGUCAGCAUCAUCCAGCCGGGGAAUUUCGGCAUAGCCACUAACAUCUUGAAGAUGAAGACAGGUUUGGAUAUCUGGGAGAAAAUACACAAGAAUCGAAGGCAAAUCUUCAACCGACAGUACAUCGAGCUGGCCAACGAGUACUUCCUGUCAAUGUGCAAGGGGGGAUUCAAGGACGCCGGCAUGGUCAUUGACGCAUUGCUGCAUGCAGUCAUGUCGGCUCAGCCGAAACACAGAUACCUGCUGGUUUCUGUGAUGGAUAGGUUUUUCUUCCAGCUCUUCCCCUUUCUCCCCACUGUCCUCACGGAUGCUGUGUUUUCUCUCAGCUCCAUGUAUGCCAAAAGAAAAGAGAUGCUUUAUGCCAAGUAGCAAAGACAGGGGAGUGAGGUUCAGUUUUUAAGUUGGAAUAAAAGUUUGUUUUUUAUCACAACUGUUCUUUUGUGUUUAUUUCUUAUCAUUCAUACUCGUACUUAUUUUCUUAUUAUUAUCAUUAUUGCUCCUGUAAACUUUCUGAGCUGCCAAUAUUUUUUAAAUAAAGA